CAGAUGACCUCCUCCUCGCCACCCUGCUCUCGCAGCUCUUCCCCUCACAAAGUUUGCCACUCCCAGACACAAACCGAUGUUCUGAAGCCGUUGUUGGGCGGUGGAUCUUCUGCCGGGGCUGGGGUUCUGAAGAAGAGGAGGCGCAUCCUAUCUAAAGAUGGGCGCAGCAAUAUGCGCAUUGAGCACAUCAGUGGAAGGAACGCCCUCUACAUGCGUGACCCCUGGACAACUUUUCUCGAAAUGCCAUGGCGCUACAAGUUCUUUCUGUUCACAGCAACCUUUGCGGGGACUUGGUUUCUUUUCGGGGUAGUGUGGUACCUUUUGGCUUUGCUGCACGGAGAUCUGCUGGAGUUUGAUCCGCCAUCCAACCAUACACCCUGUGUGAUGCAGGUGCAGACCCUCACAGCUGCCUUCCUCUUUUCUUUGGAGUCGCAGACCACCAUUGGUUAUGGUUUCCGAUGCAUAACAGAGGAAUGUCCAGUUGCUAUAAUCCUCCUCAUCCUCCAGCUGGUCAUCACCAUGCUCAUGGAAAUCUUCAUCACUGGCACCUUUCUGGCCAAGAUUGCGAGGCCGAAGAAGCGAAGUGAGACGGUGAAGUUUAGCCAGCAUGCUGUUGUAUCGACUCAUGAAGGCCAACCCUGCCUGAUGAUCAGAGUCGCCAAUAUGCGUAAGAGUCUCCUUCUUGGUUGUCAGGUCACAGGAAAACUUCUGCAGACGUCACUGACAAAGGAAGGUGAAACAGUUCGUAUGGAUCAGAGAAACGUUCCUUUUCAAGUAGACACUUCCAGCGACAGUCCCUUCCUCAUCCUUCCACUCACCUUUUACCACAUCAUCGAUGACAACAGCCCUUUGAGAGCCUGGGCUGCCAAGGGUGGUGGCUGGACAGAUCCAGAGCUGGCAGACUUUGAACUGCUGGUGAUCAUGAGUGCUACAAUAGAACCAACCUCUGCCACCUGCCAGGUCCGCACCUCCUACCUGCCAGAUGAGAUCCUUUGGGGUUACGAGUUUCCCCCAGUAGUCUCUCUCUCUAAGUCAGGCAAAUAUGUAGCAGACUUUGCCUUCUUUGACAAAGUAGCAAAGACCCAGACAACGCCCAUCUUCAAGCCGUCUAGUUCAGAACGAGGAUACCAGAGCAACGGAGGCGGGCCUGUGCCUGACUUAACAGACCCGGAGAAGAUUCGUCUGGAGCAGAGCUACAGGGAGCAGCGAGGCGAAGACCGAGGCCGAGUC